GCAUUCAACCGUCGCCGCUCCGGCCGGAUGUGGAGCGAGCGAUCGAUCCGAGCCGCAGAGAUUGGGACAAAAUAUAUUUGCACAGGAUCAUGAUUGCAGAAUGACCAGUGACUGCAGUAAAACAUCUAUUCUCCAAGAUGUAGUAGCAUUUGUGAACGUGUGGUCUUCAAACAGGACUGAAAACUAUUCAAAAUCGUUUGAAGAAGACUUGGUUGACAUGGGUGCCAGGGUUUUAAAGUACUUCAAUAAACAUGUGACCCAUGUGGUAUUCAAGGAUGGACAUGAAAGCGUGUGGAAGAAGGCCCAGAAAACUGGUGUGAAAUUGGUGUCCGUACUUUGGGUGGAAAGGUGUUUGACGACGCACACCCAUGUUGAUGAAUCCUUGUUUCCUGCAAUCAAUGAAAGUAAACAUUCACCUAAAAAUAAGAGGACACAUAGAUGCAUGAAACCCAAGGACUUCAUAGAAAAGACGCCAACAAAUAACAAAAGGCUGAAGAAAAAAUUAGAUCAAAUGAUUCGGGAGCUAGAUUUGAAAAGAACUACUGGAGCUGAUCUGAAUUUGCUCUCACUUGAAGAAGACGCUGUAGGUCUUUAUAACAGCAAUGUUGAAUUGGUUCCUUUCAAUCAUUUCUGUGGAAUGGAAAAGAGAUUGAAAGAAAUGAAAGAAAAAAGGGAAAACCCUUCCCCUACCGCCUCUCAAAUGUCUCAGUUGACAUCAGCUUCUGCCCUCGCUCCUUGCCAACCGGACCUUGGAGAAUCUCCAUCAUCAUUUGCAAAGGCAUUGUUUGCAGAUGAGUACGAAAUUGAUUCUGGAGGUGCAUCUUCCGGAGGUGCAUCAAUAAAUAAAACCUUGGGCAAAUAUGGUCACGAAAGCAAGGAUCCACUUUCAGCAGAAGCUCAUGAAGGGCAAACAGGUCACCAUUCCAGCCAAGAGUUUUUUACACGCGGAAUGCAUUUGGUGAAAUCAUCACAGGUUGAAAACGGCAAAACUUUACCGCGACGAGUGAGGAAGUCUAUUUCUAAAAUGAAAUCUCCGUUUCCGACGAGGCAGAGUGUCAAAGCUGCACUCCAUUGUGUUGAAGAGUCAGUCAGCUCAUGCAGUAAGGAAGCGAUCCAAAGUUAUUCUGAGGGAAGUGUGGAAGCUUUGAACAGUGCAGCAGUAGACCUAAGACUUUGUAAUGCGCAAAGCAACAAGAUCGUACAGUUACCUCUCCCAGUGAAGUCAGCAGCCUCCGAAAAGGAUCACAAUCUCACGCAAACCAAAUUUUCAUCUAAUGAAUGUGACAAAAAUGAUGCUUCACCUCUGAUAUCAAAUCUUUCUAGAAGAACUAAGAAUCAAUUGAGCUUAAAGAAAAAUAAAAAGUUAUGGCAGGACGAUUUUAUGGGUUUUAAAUCACCGAGAAAUAAUCCAUUGGAAGCGUGCGACUGCUCUGACAAAAAUGACGCGUGCCCCAUCAAAGAGGACCUGCUGGCGUACGAGGACUUCUUUUCUCCAGUUAACCUGAAUUGCAAAAACAAUCCAAGAUGUACAUUGGGCAUGCUUCCACCGAAAUCGCCGAGUCUUCCCGAUAUUUUUGGGAGUGGUAAGCAGAAGAGAAAAUUGCAAGAAAUUAAUCCACAAAAUUCUGCAGAUAGAACUAAAAAGGCAAGAAGUGCGACAAACGUCAGUGUUGAAGAGCAAUCUGAUGCUCGUUUUUAUGGCCAACAUGUGAAUGCAGCUGCACUGACUGGUGAAAAUGUUGCUCUUCAGCCAGAUGCCACUAAAGCUCUAAAGAAAAGGAAAUCUCACGUAAAAAACCCAUUUCAAUAUUUUCUUGACGAAUCGGGGGCACUGACAAACGACGUGCCUGAGAGAAAAGAGCCAGGCCAACAUCAUGAGAUGAAAAGGCUGGAUUUGCUUCUGAAACACAACAGUGACUUAAAACCACCAACAUUACGCCAUGAAACCCAAGCCUUUUCUGUGAUUUCCUUGCGACCCUGCGAUGAGACGAAAGCGAAUGAGAAAGACGUGCAGUGCCUUCAAGAGGACAAUAUGGCCAAGGACAUCUUAAAAUUGCAAAGCAUUGACAGUGAUUUGGAUGGCGACCCUCAUAGUGGACUCAACCAAAGCAGUCCCUCAAGAUUGAGGAUGAAUUGUUUACAUGAAGAGAAAAACAAAUUAAUUGAAGGAGCAAAUACAACCAAAAAUUGCAUAAGGAAGAAUGUGAAGCCAACAAGAACUCUUGUCAUGACAAGCAUGCCUUCUGAGAAUCAGAGCAUUAUAAUUCAAAUAGUGAAACGGUUUGGUGGCUUUCAGUUCUCGGACAACGUAUGUGAAACAACAACCCAUGUCGUAGCAGGGCAUACCCGACGCACAUUGAAUGUCUUGUUUGGAAUCGCCAGAGGCUGCUGGAUAUUGUCCUUCAACUGGAUUCUUUGGUCUUUGGAGCAAGGAUGUUGGGCUCCUGAAGAAUCAUUUGAACUAUCAACUGCGUUUCCUGCAGCUACUAAAUCAAGGACAUGUCUCACCCUGGUCAUUCUCACUUCAGGCAAGAAGUACAGAAGUGUGAAAACACACACCUCUAGAUUCAGGGACAGUUUCUUCCCAGCUGUUAUCAGGCAACUGAACCUACCUAUGACCAACUAGAAAGCAGUCCUGACCAACUACCUCGUUGGAGACCUUCGAACUAUCUUUAAUUGGACUUUACUGAACUUUAUUUUGCACUAAAUGUGCCCUUUAUCCUGUAUCUGUACACUGUGGACAGCUUGAUUGUCAUCAUGUAUAGUAUUUGUGCUGGCUGCAUAGCACGCAACAAAAAAGCUUUUCACUGUACCUCGGUACACGUGGCAAUAAUAAACGAAACUGAAAAAGAUUGGCACAAUGCUGGUGUAACUGAAUUGGACAAACAGCAUCGCUGGAAAGAAUGAAUGGGUGACAUUUCGAUUCAAGACCUUUCUUCAGACAGAGUUAGGGGUGAGAGAGAGAGAGAUAUGGAAGGAUAAGGUGUGAAAACGAAUGAUUAAAGGGGACGAAGCUCAAGGAAAAUGUAGAAUGGAUCAUUGUUAGCUGAGGGAAAGGUAACAACAAGGCAUCCAAUCAGUAAAAUUAAAUCAAUGAAACUAGUUGGAGAACCAGGAUGGGGGAGGGAUGUAAAGAGAGGGAAAGCAAGGGUUACUUGAUUAGAGAAGUCAAUACUCAAACCACUGAGUUGUGAGCAACUCAAGCGAAAUAUGAGGUGCUAUUCCUCCAAUUUGCAUUGGGCCUCACUCUGACAGUGGAGGAGGCCCAGGUCAGAAUGAGAGGAGGAGUAAAAGUGAUUAACUAGAUUAACAAGUAGGCCGAAGCGGACUGAGCAGAGGUGUUUAGCGAGCCUGCGCUUGGUCUUGCCGAUAUAUAGGAGUCCACACCUGGAACAGGAGUACAGUAGAUGAGGAUGGAGGAGGUGUAAGUGAACCUCUGCCUCACCUGAAUGGACAUCGGGGUCCUUGGAUAGAGUCGAUGGAUGAGGUAUAGGGACAGGUGUUGCAUCUCUUGUGGUUCUACCGCUGCGCCACCAUGCCACCCUCUUUUCUCCUUCCCCUGAAAAACGAUGGCAAUCAAGCCAUGCAAAUUCUAACAUGAAUUUUAUGCAAUCUGAGGCAAGAAGCCAGCACGUUUGAAUCCAAUGCUUGUCAGGAAUUAAAACCGUACCGUAACGUUUGGAACAGUUUGCAUAAGCAAUUAUCAUAUUACGAAGCAGGUCUAUUAGAUCAUCAGUAAUAUUCUCCCUGUGACCGUGUGGGUUUUCUCCAGGUGCUCCGGUUUCUUCCCACACCACAAAGACAUACCGGAUUGUAGGUUAAUUGGCCUCUGUAAAUUGUAAAUAGUUCCUAGUGGUCAAGACAGAAGUAGCGGGUCUGUGCAGAUUCAGUGGGCAAUUGCAUUGUGUUUCCACGCUGUAUCUCUAAAGUCUAAAAUGUAAACAUUAUCAAUUAUUCCAAUAGUUUUAGCAACAUCUGAGCUCUUGAUUAUUAACAGCACCAGAUGUUUAGAGAUACAGCAUAGAAACAGGCUCACCUAGUCCACGCCGACUAUCGAUCGCUCGUCCAUUCUAGUUUCAUAUUAUCCCACUUUCACAUCCACUCCCUAAACAUUAUGGGCAAUUUUAGAGGCCAAUUAACCUAUUCAGAUGGGGAAGGAAACCACAGGAGAACGUGGAAAAUCGACGCAUACGGCACCCGAAGUCAGGAUUGAACCUGCACAUUGUUGGAAUGUGGGAGGAAACUCCAGCAGGCCAUUUCGCUCAGUGUCUGUGGCAAUUCUGCUACCAAGGCCAAACUUUAUCUGCCUGCAUUUAAGUCAUAUCUGUCCGUUCCAUGCAUAUUUAUGCACGUACAUAUCCAAGUCUUCAUCCCCUUCAUCACCAGGAAAGGAAAAGAAAAACUAAAGUAUGCGGAUUUAGUGCAGUUCACCACAUUGGACGAUUACAUUCUGCUUGGUAGAAAACUGAUCAUUUGCCCUGUACAGUCACCAUCAUAAUCUAAGACCAAAGAUGGACACAAAACGCUGGAGUAACUCAGCGGGUCAGGCAGCAUCCCUGGGGAGAAGGAAUGGGUGACGUUUCAGGUCGAGAAGAAAUGUCACCAUUCCUUCUCUCUAGAGAUGCUGCCUGUCCUGCUGAAUUACUCCAGCUUUUUGGUCUACGGUUUAAAUGAGUAUCUGCAGUCCCUUCCUUCACAAAGACCAACUGGAUUCAUGACUAUUAGGUUUUACCAGAAUGCUGCCUGGAUUAGGAGGUAUUUGCUACAAGGAGUGAUUAGAGUAGUUUAGAGAUACAGCGUGGAAAACAGGCGCUUUGGCCCACCGAAUCUGCGCUGACCAACGAUCACCCCGUAUACUAGUCCUAUCUUACACACUUGGGAGGGACAAUUUACAGAAGCCAAUUAACCGGAGAUCCUUGAGAAAACUCAUGCAUGUUACAAGGAGAAC